UUUUUGGGCGUUUUCAUGUCCUUCUGUUUCCGCCCGCUGAUCAGUGCUCAAUGGCGAAUGAUCACGCGCGACGUGGCGGCUCUUCACUGCUCCGUGAUGCGCGCGAUAAGAUCGCACCGUCCCCUUCCUCCCGCUGAUGCUGUGCGCGCGACAGCGGGUCGCCACUCCUCGCUCCUUUUCUCGGCGACGCUCCCGCACUCGCGCGCCGCCCCAUCUCCUCCUCCCUCACUCCCCCUCCUCCGCCGCGCCGCGCCGCCGCGGAUCCGUACGUCGGCGGCGUCCAUGGCGUCCUCCGCCGCAGCUCCGCCUCAGUCGCCGGAGGAGAAGGAGGCGCACGCCGCCGGGGCGUGGUACUCCGUGCCCGAUCUGAGCCUCCGCGACCACCGCUUCGCCGUGCCCCUCGACCACUCCGCCGCCGCCGCCGCCGACGCGAAGAUCACCGUGUUCGCUCGCGAGGUCGUCGCCGCUGGGAAGGAAGAGCAGGCUUUGCCAUAUCUGUUGUACCUUCAAGGUGGGCCCGGAUUUGAAAGCCCUCGCCCGGUCGAUGCUAGUGGAUGGCUGAAGAAAGCGUGCGAAGAUUAUCGUGUUAUCUUGCUAGAUCAGCGAGGAACUGGUCUAUCAACACCUUUAACAGUCUCAUCUCUUUCACAAAUUACAUCUGCAGCAAAGUUGGUUGACUACUUAAAACAUUUUCGAGCAGAUAAUAUAGUUAAAGAUGCUGAAUUUAUCCGCAUUCAUCUCGUACCAGAUGCUGGACCUUGGACAGUGUUGGGGCAAAGCUACGGUGGGUUCUGUGCAGUUACCUAUUUGAGUUUUGCUCCACAAGGCCUGAAGUCUGUUCUUUUGACUGGCGGGAUUCCACCAGUUGGAAAGGGCUGCACCGCCGACUCUGUAUACAGAGCCUGCUUUGAUCAGGUUGUGCAUCAAAAUGAGAAGUACUAUAAAAGGUUUCCUCAGGAUAUUGAAGUUGUCCGUGAAGUCGUAAAUUACUUGACCAAAGCUGAAGGUGGAGGGGUAUGCCUUCCAUCUGGGGGUAUUUUAACUCCAAAGGGGUUGCAAAGUCUAGGACUUGUAGCUUUAGGCUCCGGCGGUGGAUUUGAACGUUUGCAUUACAUGUUUGAGAGGGUUUGGGAUCCUGUACUAGUUCCAGGUGCACAAAGGCAAAUAAGUUACUACUUUUUGAAAGCUUUCGAGAGCUGGAUAGAGUUUGAUACAAACCCCCUGUAUGCACUUAUGCAUGAAUCCAUUUACUGCCAGGGUGCUUCGUCACAAUGGUCAGCUCACAAGAUCAGGGGCGAAUUUGAGAGCUUUUUUGAUCCGAUCAAAGCUGCAAAAGAUGGUCGUCCUGUAUAUUUUACUGGCGAGAUGGUAUUUCCGUGGAUGUUUGAGGAAAUCCAUGCUCUGAGACACUUCAAGGAAGCUGCUCAUCUAUUGGCUGAGAAGAACGACUGGCCUCCACUGUAUGACGUGAACCGGCUAAAUAAUAAUCAGGUCCCAGUCGCUGCAGCAGUUUACUACGAAGACAUGUAUGUGAACUUCAACAUCGCCAUGGAAACAGCAUCCGAGAUAGCGGGGAUAAGGCUGUGGGUGACCAACGAGUACAUGCAUUCGGGGCUCCGUGACGGUGGUUCCCAGGUCUUCGAUCAGUUGAUAGCCAUGCUACAAGGCAAGAAACCUUGGUUUUAAUUUGUAGAAUGGUGACCCUCUUAUGGUGUUGAAUCCUUUAUUUGAUUCAAUAAUGUGCAUGGAUUCAUUUGUUUUGUGGUUCAUUUUGCAUUAAAUCAUAUCACAUUCAAGGGCUUAAAAAUUUACUCACUAUGAAACCUUUCCAUGGUAGUUUCCUCUGUCUCACCUUUCACCUUCUAGCGGCAAUAAAUUGUAUAAUGGGUUCACAAGUAA